AUGGGAGAAAUAAGGAUCAGGGGCCUAGAGGUGUCCACCUCAGAGGAGGAGGCUGCGCAGCGGGUGGCCCAAGCCGGUGGCUGCAGAGUGGCGGAGGUCCAGACGGGAGUCAUAAGGACCACACCAUCGGGCUAUAGGUCGUUAUGGAUGAGGUGCCCGCUCGCAGCAGCCAAAAAAGUGGCGGAGAAGGGAACUCUAUCUCUGGGGUGGACGCAGGUCAAAGUAGAGCUCCUCGAAUCUAGGCCCCUGCAAUGCUACAGGUGCCUUGAGAGAGGGCACGUGCAGCAAAAUUGCAGCAACAAGGUGGACAGAAGAAACAUCUGUUACAGGUGUGGAGAGACGGAUCACCUGGCCCGCAGCUGCACCAAAGCAGCGAGGUGUGCUGACAAAGGGAUGGAGGACAUGGAUAUCGAAAGGAGGGGAGAGAAGAGGCAACGACCCGCAAGGAGAAGCGGGAGUGAGGAAGAGGAGGGGCCCGUGGAGAAAUUGCUGAUACACCUGUAA